AUGACCAAAGUUAAACAAGCAAAUUUCACAUUCCCAAUUCAAAUUCUUCCGGAAAUUCUUGAAUGCUUUGCAAAAGACAGCACGACACUAUACACCCUGUUAUUUGUAAAUCAUGAAUUCUGCGAUGCGGCAAUUCAAAUCUUAUGGCGAGAUCCAUUUGGAAUAAUGGAACCAUGGAAAACAUCUGAUCGAUCGAAAAUGAUUGAAUUUUUCAAGAUUUGUUUUGAUGGACUUUCGAAAAAUGAUUUGGCAGUUAUAGAAUCCUGCAGUUUCGAAAUUCCGCGAAUUGAGAAAGAGCCAUACGUCAGUUAUAUAUCUUUUAUGCAAGUUUUCGAUCACAAUGAUGUUGUGCGAGCACUUUUAGUUUAUUUUCAAUCUACAAGAACAGAUCCGAAAUUUUUAAGUUUUUAUAUACUGAAACAAUUCUUUCGAUAUUCGAUAAAGAUCAGAAAAGUGACAAUAUAUUAUUAUGACAUCGUCUUACGCUCAAUGCCAGAUAUCGGUCCAUGGUUCGAACAGAUUUCACAACGACAUCAAAAAAUUGAAAAACUACAAAUUUCCGAAGCUGCUAAUUUAAAUGGAUCCCAAGGAACAGUGAGAUUUCUUGAAUUCUGGUCCGGCGUCGUUAAACUCAUCAAUAGUCAAAGAAAACUUCAAGAAAUCGAUAUUUUUGGAGUACAUCAAGGAAUCGAGUAUAUUUUUGAGUUUCUACAGCGUGAACACUCGACACUUUCCAAAAUUCGAUUUGACUCAUGCGGAAUCCCAAACGAGAAACUUGCCGAAAUUUCCAACUGGAAAAUUCUCGGACAAUUGACUGAAUUAUGCUUUUCCGACUGUGUGGUUGUUGCGCCAUCGGAACUGCCUAAAUUUACCGUAAGACAACUGGAUUUGACGUGUUUACCAUUUCUUAAGACGAAAAUGACUUUAAAAUCAUCGCUCAAAGAGUCAAAUUGUAAUUUGCAAUUCUCUUCUUUAUAA